AUGUCGUUAGGCAGAAGAAGCAGAGAGUGGCUUGAAUUAGCUGAAAUCUCAUUCAGCAUAAGCAUGGAAAAGCUACGUGAAGUUCAACCUAAAGUUUUGAGCAAGGAUUCCUGUUCUACCUGGGGUGGAGGGCAUUUUUCUACCUUUGAUAAAUACCAGUAUGACUUCACUGGGACCUGCAACUAUAUCUUUGCAACUGUAUGUGAUGAAACCAGCCCAGACUUCAACAUUCAGUUCCGUCGCGGGCCAGACAAAAAAAUUGCAAGGAUCAUUAUCGAGCUGGGACCCUCUGUUAUCAUUGUUGAGAAAGGCAGCAUUUCUGUCAGGAGUGUUGGUGUCAUUAAGCUGCCUUACACCAGCAAUGGAAUUCAGAUAGCACCUUAUGGGCGCAACAUCCGCUUGGUGGCCAAGCUGAUGGAGAUGGAGCUAGUUGUCAUGUGGAAUAACGAUGACUAUCUCAUGGUUUUGACUGAAAAAAAAUAUAUGGGAAAAACCUGUGGAAUGUGUGGAAAUUAUGAUGGUUAUGAAUUGAAUGAAUUUGUCAGUGAAGGUAAAUUGCUGGAUACAUAUAAAUUUGCUGCAUUACAGAAAAUGGAUGAUCCGUCCGAGAUCUGCCUCUCCGAAGAGAUUGCGAUUUCCACCAUUCCUCACAAAAAAUAUGCCAUGAUCUGCUCUCAGCUACUUAACUUGGUGUCACCAACCUGCAGUGUGCCAAAGGAUGGGUUUGUCACUCGUUGCCAGCUUGAUAUGCAGGACUGCAGUGAGCCAGGACAAAACAAUUGCACUUGCUCUACACUGUCGGAGUAUUCAAGGCAAUGUGCUAUGUCCCAUCAAAUAGUGUCCAACUGGAGAACGGAAAACUUCUGCUCUGUGGGAAAAUGUUCUGCUAACCAAAUCUAUGAGGAAUGUGGUUCUCCAUGUAUUAAAACGUGUUCCAACCCAGAGUACAGUUGUUCCAGUCACUGCACCUAUGGUUGUUUUUGUCCAGAAGGAACUGUUCUUGAUGACGUCUCAAAGAAUCAAACAUGUGUUCACAUUAAGCAGUGUCCAUGUACGCUGAAUGGGAAAAUAUAUGCUCCUGGUGAGACAAUGAAAGCAGCAUGUAGGACCUGUAAAUGUACAAUGGGUCAGUGGAACUGCAGAGACUUGCCCUGCCCUGGAACGUGUUCACUGGAAGGAGGCUCCUUUGUUACCACGUUUGAUUCUAGAGCAUACAGGUUCCAUGGGGUUUGCACUUACGUUCUUAUGAAGAGUCCCAGCUUGCCACACAAUGGAACCCUCAUGGCUGUAUAUGAAAAGUCUGGUUAUUCUUAUUCUGAGACAUCACUCAGUGCUGUAAUUUACCUAUCUACAAAGGACAAAAUUGUGAUUUCUCAGAAUGAACUCCUUACUGAUGACGAUGAACUUAAGCGGCUACCUUACAGAUCAGGAGGCAUCACUAUUUUCAAACAGUCUUCGAUGUACAUUCAAAUGUAUACAACCUUCGGGCUGGAACUUGUAGUUCAAACAUCACCUGUAUUCCAGGCCUACGUGAAAGUUGGAUCACAGUUCAAAGGCAGAACCCUGGGUUUGUGUGGCAAUUACAAUGGAGACACUACAGAUGACUUCUUGACUAGCAUGGAUAUCACUGAAGGGACAGCCUCCCUGUUUGUAGAUUCCUGGAGGGCAGGAAAUUGCCAGCCUGCUUUAGAGAGAGAUACUGACCCUUGUGCUUUGAGCCAACUGAAUAGUAAGUAGAUGGUUCUGUUGUAACUGAUCUCUCC